AUGCACCGGAGGUGGUUCCUCGACGGCUGCCCCGUUCCAAUCCCCCUGCCCUUCGGCAGCGUGGAGGAAAUCGACGGCCAGCGCGUAGGUUCGUACCCGCCAGUGCAGGAGUGCUUCCUCCGUUUCUCGGCGGAGAGCGUGAAGAAGCUCAAGGCGAAGGCGAACGCCGAGAUGUCCGGCACCGCCACCGCCACAAUUUCCUCGCUGCGAGCCUCGCCGGCGCACUCGUGGCGCGCGGCGUGCCGGGCUCGGAGGCUUGCGCCGGGCCAGGAGACGCUGUACGGCCUCCUCGUCGGAUGCCGGGGCCGCGUGGACGGCGUGCCAACGGCUUACGCGGGCAACGCGGUGACGCAUGCCGCUGCACGGUCCCCCGCCGGCGAGAUCCUCGACAGAGGGCUGGGCUGGGCGGCUUGGCUCCUGAAAAGCUCGCGUCGUUCGUUCGAUGAGAGGAGCGCGAGGGAGAAGCUCGCGUCCUGGCCCGGAGAGCCCAACUUCCCAAGCAUGGCGGAUUUAUCGGCUACCGCUCAUACGAGCUUGCUGACGGGGAGCUCGCCGCGGUUCGACGUGUACGGGAACGAUUUCGGGUGGGGCCGGCCGGUGACCGUGCGGAGCGGCGCCGGGAACAAGCUGGAUGGAAAGGUGACCGUGUACGAGGGCGGAGACGGCGCGGGAAGCAUGGCAAUGGAGGUGUGCCUCGCCCCGGAGGCGCUCGCCAGGCUCGUCGCCGACGACGAGUUCAUGACCGCGGUUGGUGCGACUGAUUGUUGA